AUGGCUUAUCCGUCCCAGUUCCACAAGAUUGUAUGUCGAAACAAAGGGAGGUUUGAAGGGUCAAACUUUCUCGUGUCCACUGACUCGAUCAGCUGGAUCUAUGUAGCGUCGAUCUCUAUUACUGAGCAUGGACAAUUGUUCACCUCAGAUAACAACAAUAACCAUUAUCUCCUCCUCCCAUCUUUGCAAUCAUGCUAUAUCCAAAUAUGCCCCAAUACAGGUACACCAAAGUCGCCCACACAAACAACGUUCCAGGCUAAACGGAAAGGUGGCAAGGAAAAUGGACCAAUUGAACACACUGAUGAGGAUCCACCCGCGAUUUUCAUCAAGACGUGCGAAAAUGAAAAGUUGUAUAUCCGAGUAGCAUCGAAAAGCAACUUUGGUAAUCUCAUCAGCAGCUUGAUUGUUUGGCAAAACUUGAAGCCGCGCGGGUUGGCCAAGAAAUGGUACAGUCAGAAGAAAGUUGUUGUUGAUGGAGGUAAGCCUCAUGAGUUGUUGGUGUGUCGGUUCAAGAUAUAUGCACCAAUACCAAGCAAGUACAAGAACCUACAUAUCAUCACGGGGCCAAAGGUGCCCGUGUACCAGCCAAAAGUGGACAAGAAGGACGUUCCUGCUACGCCACAGGUUAUUGAGAGCAAUAACAUCAAUGAGGGCUGGUUCUAUGCAAUGGGUGCACUCAACUCCAAUGGGAUUCUCAACUUCAUCAGCGAGUUGGACGGAACCUUGCUCUACUCAAUUGAUAUAAAGAGCAUUUACACAAGUGAAAUACGGGAGAUGCACAACUCGAUAUUCAAUAGCUCAAAUGUGCUCUUUAUAGGACCAUUGAAGGAGUUGCGGUACAACAAUGCUAUUAGAACAACCUCCACCCUUAGUGCGGACCAACUAAUGACAAGCCUCCUAACACGAGAAGGCAAAAACAUCCAGAGUAAUCAGCGUAUAUUCAUCGAGUUUCCCUUGCACAUAGACUUGGAGGACUGGUUUGUUGGUUUAAACUACUUUGCCAGGAGAGAGUACAUUGGAUCGUGCACUUCAGAGUCCAAACCAACAACACCAGAUGAGAGCAACCCCAAUCCGUGCCUUGCAGACUUUAGCCGCGCGCAUUUCAGGGUGUCCAAGAAGAUAUCCAUCGAUAUCAUUGAAGCCAAGUUUGAUGGUAAUUAUAGUGGUGAUGCAAAAGGAGGCAAGAUCUAUGCCGAGGUGCGCAUGUGGGGGUACCCAUGGUCGAGAACUGCAAUGGUUAACCACACGAGCAAUCCGUUUUGGAAAGAACAGUUUCUGACAGAAUUGCCAAUCUCAACGCAAAUGAUCCACAUCUUGAUCAAAAAGUGUACUUUCCAAGAUACUUAUUCUGCGGGCGAUAAGCUUAUUGGUACAGUUUUUGUAACACCAAACAUUCUCACAAAACAGAUCAAAACAAGCACCACCAUUAUGACGGGGGAGCCAGACAACAAAAGUAGUAGUAAUAAUAAUAAUAAUAAUAGUAAUGACGGUAUACAUCUAAGCUCUAUACCAAUAUCCACGAGUUUCAGCAAUAAUAAUGGUACCAGCAGUUUGGAUAUCGUACGGCUAACAAUCUAUGAUCCUAAUAACCUCCCCAUUGGAAAGCUCCUCCUACAAGUUGAGCUCAAGGAGUUCCAUAUUCUUGCAGCGCCGCACUUUAAAAGCCUUGAGUUUUUACUAAAGAACGGACCCAUUGACAAACUCAUCCAACUCUUUAAUGAGAAUAUGGCUGCUUCUGAGUUUGAAAGGAUUAGUGUGAUUCUACUAGACAUUUUCCAGUGCCUUCGGCAAGAAGACCGGUUUUUCAAAACGUUGAUAGAGAUCUCACUUUCAUCGCUUGAGAAGAAACUCUCUACAAAAAAAAGUUCAUCGCAAAAUAAUGUGUUCAACACACUCUUCCGUGGUUCAUCCAUUUUCUCAAAGGCUUUGGAGAAAUACAAUAUUCGAAUAGGCCAGGAGUACUUGGAGAAAGUGUUUGGAGACUUUUUCGCCAAAAUCAAUAAAGAAUGUAAGAAUUGUGAAGUUGACCCGAGGUAUGUCCGAAUACAGGAAAAGGGCAAUACCCAAGGGCGGAAAACAGGAAACAGUGGUGAUAUUGAUGAUAAUGAUAAUGAUGAUGAUGAUGAUGAUGAUGACGGUGAUGAUGAUGUUGCCAGUGACGAUGACGGGUAUAACUCUGCAUUAGAAAGAGAAAAGGACGAGCACAUCAAACAAGUGGUUGAAGAGAAUUACAAAAACCUAUAUGGCUAUGCAGAGGAGAUUUGGCACAAGAUCUAUAUAACGUCCAAUGACAUACCGCAGCAGAUCAAAACACAGCUCAAAAACUUUAGAACCAAAGUGGAGCUAGUAUGCGAGCCCGGCGAUAAAGUGACCAGUUUGAAUUGCAUCAGCGCAUUUGUGUUUCUUCGGUUCUUCUGCCCAGCAAUACUAAACCCCAAAUUGUUCUACUUGACCAAGAACCACCAAACAGGAAGAACACAGCGUACUUUGACCCUCAUUGCCAAGAUCCUCCUCAACUUGGCAAACAGACAAGAGUUUAGUCCACAUAAGGAGCCGCACCUCGUCAAAAUGAAUGUUUUUUUGAGAAAGCACCAGCAGGAAGUGUAUGAAUACUUUGAUCGCAUUACUGGCAGAAAAAACGAUUUCAACGAAAAGAUCCUAAACUUGAGCCACGAAGUAAAGCGUUUUGACUUGGGGUUGGAUGAAACGUCCAACGAGUUACCCACUACACCGUAUCUCAUAGACAAGUAUCUCCGACUAACCGAAUUAGUCCACUUGCUAAACUACAGUAAGUUUGCCGCCGCUCAAAAGGAUGAGAGUCUGUUGACUAGUCCCAACUCCAAACACACAAGUGCAAAAAGAGACCUCGAUCCUAUCAAGUUGGAAGAGUUGAACUUGAACAACGAAAACAUUUACCAGAUUGGGUCUCUAGAGUUUGAGCAACUGGAGUUUUUGGACCUUGCUGGAGAUAAUGAAACAGAAGGGUUCAUCAAGUCACUAUGCAAUGGCAACGAGGAGUUUUUCUCCUUCAUCAACUCAAAUAUAACGCUAAAGGAUAUACAAAAGCAAAGCGCGAAAAUUACAAACAAGAUUGCUGAAUUGGAAGCGUCACUUGAAAAUUAUGAGUUCCCUGCCAACUAUAUAGGCAAAGACAACCGUUUAUGGCCUGCGUUUGCAAACGAUAUUCUAUCCAAAGCGUGGUUGGACUUGUCACGAAACGUGGUCAUCACCUCCGAUCUCAACUUGAGUUCAACAAGUGGUAAUAAUAAUAAUAGUGCUGCUACAAAUGGUAACAUCUAUAAAUCGCUCGUGGCCGACAACGCGUUUGCUUGUUUGAAACUACGAUUCUUUGGAGAUGACUACUACCUGUACAAAGCUAACUCGUCAGCGUCCAACUUGGACAUAAACAAGAACUCGUUGAGUACUGCGCGUGAGAGUAUACAAACAGCAACCACCAUAACAUCAACCGCUACAGCUGCAAAAAUCGACAGGUAUGCCACCAGUCUAGUGAGCAGUAAGGAGGGGCGGAAAAUGCCCUUUUGGAAAUGGUUAACAAAGAGGUCGUCCUAA